GAGCUGGGGGGACUUCAGGGACACUCGUGCGCUGGUGGCGUCCGGCAGCCCGACAGAUGUCAGAGCCCUGUCCCCACGGAGGGCACUGACCACCCCUCUCCCACAGAGUGGGUCUCUGCGGCGGAGCGUCCCGGCAGCAGCCUGCUGACCCGGCAGCUGCAGGAGCUGUGGCGGAGGUCGCGGGGCAGCGUGGUACCGCAGCGGCUGCUCUUCGAGGUCACCAGCGCCAGCGUGGUCAGCGAGCGCUCUUCCAAGUACGUGCUCUACACCAUCUACCUGAUCCGCUCUGGCCAGUUUGACAAGGCCCCUGCCACCAUCGCCCGGCGCUACUCAGACUUCGAGCAGCUGAACCGCCGCCUGCGCUGCCGCUUCAGCUGCGACAUGGCCGGCGUUGCCUUCCCUAGGAAGAGACUGCGCCGGAACUUCACUGCUGAGACCAUUGCCAAGCGGAGCCGAGCCUUCGAACAGUUCUUGUCCCAUCUGCACUCCAUCGACGAGAUCCGCCGCUCUCCUGAGUUCCUCGAGUUCUUCUUCCUACCGGACCUGCAGGCCGCACAGCGCCUGACCUGCACCGGCAUGUACCGCGAGGCCCUGGCCACCUGGGCCAAUGCCUACCGGCUGCAGGACCGGCUGGGGGUCUGCAGCUCCGGCCGCUUCCUGCUGACACUGGCUGGACUGGCCGUCUGCCACCAGGAGCUGGACCAGCUCAGUGAGGCCCACGGCUACUGUGAGCAGGCGCUGCAGCUGCUGGAGGCCCAGGGCAGCCACCCACUCCUGGGACCCUUCCUGCAGGCCCACGUCCACCUGGCCUGGAAGGUGGGCAAGGACAAGCGGCGCUCGGAGGCCCGGCUGCAGGACCUGCGGGAAGCUGGGUUGCCCCUGCAGCAGCAACCUUCCCUGAAGGAAUGCCUGAUCAAGGAGCCUCUGGAAUAAGCCACCUGUGCCCAUAUGGGUGAGAGGGCAAGGGCUGUGGGGGGCUCAUGCCUGUGGCAGCUGGGAACAGUAAGGGCAAUGCUGUGGGUGGCAAUGGGGCAGAGGAGCAGCACUGCAGUCCCACGGGCAGCACAGCCCAUGCCUGGAGCUGCCUCCUGAAUGCACUUUCUCUGUGGUUAGUCUGUCUUGCUGGGCUGGGGACUCAGGGGGGUCCACCACCCACAUGGGUGCUGCCAGAAGCUGCUCCCCCUCUCCUGGGGAUCCCGGAGUGGCUGAGACUUUAGCUGGGACGUACUGGCACCUUGCAAGGGAACGGGAAAGCUUCUGGCAGGGUCCAGGGCUCUUGCCGGGAACUUCCCAUGAAACUUACACAAUAGAAAGGACUUUAUUAAAUAAAGUCUUGGCAGGAAGAAGAGCAA